UCUUCCAGAUCUCUUCAGUGUCACUAACUAAUUUUGGCGGACAACUUCCUGUUUUCCCGAAAAACGGCGUGGGUUUGGAAAGUCUUUCAUCGUUUCGAAUAUCUCAUCAACAUUUAGCGGUUUUAGGAGUCGAUGGACGUUUUGCUCAAGUCUGCUGGUGUUCAAGUUUGUUCAGACCUUGUGCUCGAGCUAGGAGGAUGGCAUCAACAAGCAACGUGCAGAGUUUGGAUGACGUCAGCGGAAAUGCCGGAAAGGAUGAUUCUGUGCAACCUGGCACUAGCAGAGGGGAUAGUUGCUACAGGUGUGAGGAGUGCAGCAGGCAAUUCAGUCGACUGGGUAAUCUGAAGAGGCACAUGCGGACUCACACAGGGGAGAAACCCUUUAGGUGCGAGGAGUGCAGCUGGCAGUUCAGUCAAAUGAGUAAUCUGAAGGCUCACAUCCGGACUCACACAGGGGAGAAACCCUAUAAGUGUGAGGAGUGCAGCAAGCAAUUCAGGCAGCUGAGUAUUCUAAAGACUCACAUGCGGACUCACACUGGGGAGAAACCAUACAAGUGUGAGGAGUGCAGCGGGCAGUUCAGUGAGCUGGGUACACUAAAAACUCAUAUGCGAACUCACACAGGGGAGAAACCUUACAGGUGUGAGGAGUGCAGCAAGCAGUUUAGUGAGCUGGGUCAUCUGACGAAUCACAUGCGAACUCACAGUGGGGAGAAACCUUACAAGUGUGAGGAGUGCAGAAGGCAGUUCAGUGAGCUAAGUACUUUGAAGAAACACAUGCGGACUCACACAGGGGAGAAACCCUACAAGUGUCAAGAGUGUAGCAAACAGUUCAGUAGGCUGGAACAUCUAAAGGGACACAUGCGCACCCACACAGGGGAGAAACCCUACAAGUGUGAGGAGUGUAGCAGGCAGUUCAGUGAGCUGAGUAGUCUGAACAAACACAUGCGGACUCACACAGGGGACAAACCCUACAAGUGUGAAGAGUGCAGCAGGCAGUUCAGUCAGCUGGGUAAUCUGAAGACUCACAUGAAAACUCACACAGGGGAGAAACCAUACAAGUGUGAAGAGUGCAGUAAGCAGUUCAAUCAGAUGGGUCAUCUGAAAACUCACAUGCGGACUCACACAGGUGAGAAACCCUACAUGUGUGAGGAGUGCAGCAGGCAGUUCAGUGAGCUGGGAAGUCUCCAGAAACACAUGCGGACUCACACAGGGGAGAAACCUUAUAAGUGUGAGGAGUGUAGCAAACAGUUCAGUUUACUGCACACUCUAAAGAUUCACAUGCGAACUCACACCGGUGAGAAACCCUAUAAGUGUGAGGAGUGCAGCAGACAGUUCAGUAAGCUUCGAAGUCUGAAGAAACACAUGCAGACUCACACAGGAGAGAAAGAGUGCAGCAAGCAGUUCAGUCAGCUAGUUCAUCUAAAGAAACACAUGCGUACUCACACAGGGGAGAAACCGUACAGGUGUGAGGAGUGCAGCAAGCAUUUUAGUCAGCUGGUUGAUCUGAAGAGACACAUGCAGACUCACACAGGGGAGAAACCUUACAGGUGUGAAGAGUGCAGCAGGCAGUUCAGUCGGCUGGGAAGUCUGCAGAAACAUAUGCGGACUCACACAGGGGAGAAACCUUACAGGUGUGAGGAGUGCAGCAGACAGUUCAGUGAGCUGGGUCAUCUGAAGACACACAUGCGGACUCACACAGGGGAGAAGCCGUACAGGUGUGAGGAGUGCAGCAGGCAGUUCAGUCAGCUGGGUGAUCUAAAGAGACAUAUGCGGACUCACACAGGGGAGAAACCCUACAGGUGUGAGGAGUGCAACAGGCAGUUCAGUCUGCUAUGCAAUCUGAAAACUCACAUGCAAACUCACACAGGGUAGAAACCCUACAGGUGUGAGGAGUGUAGCAAGCUAUUUAGCAGGUCAGAUGAACUGAAGAAGCAUAUGCAUGCUCACACAGGUGAGAAACCCUACAAAUGUGAGGAAUGUAGCAGACAGCUGAAUAGUCUGAAGAAGCACAUGCGGACUCACACAGGUAAGAAACCUUACGGUUGUGAGGUGCGAAGCAACCUUUUGGUAGCCUGGUGCAUUGAAGAAGCAUAUGUAUGCUCACACUGAGGAGAACCCCUGCAAGUCUGCUGGUAAAACAUAUGGCAGAGCAUUUACCGCAUUUCAGUCAGCUCAGUAGUCUUAUAAAGCACAUGCAAACUCUCAAAUAAGAAAUCCCUGGAUCAGGAGUGUGAAAUAGAGAUGUUGGCCACAUAGCAAGUUUGUCAAUUUACAUUUUUCAUAUUCUUUAGUAGUUUAGACAUUGUAUAGCCAGCUAUCUGAUUGUAACUCCAUGAAAUGUUGUAAUAAUCUUGCUAAGAAAGGUUUUACUUUUAUAUUCUUGUUGAUUUCUUCAUAUCAGAAGUUCCCAAUCUUAUAUUAGUAAGAAAAGUGUAACAGAGUAGGUUUUGUUCUUUAUGUACGUUUUUCUCAUUGCGCAUGUGCCAUUUUGUAAAAUUCCAAGAUAUCCAUUUAGUGUGGAAUAGCAGUUCAAGUUGCAGAAAUCUUGUGGCUUGUGAUUUACCUGUAACCUUGGUAACAACAGAGCUAGUCUAGUGAAAGCAGUUAUUGUGUGAAGACUUGUUUCGUUACUACUAACUACUUGUGAUCUUAAGAUAGUUUGUUGUACUAAUCUACGUUUACUUUAGUGUUAGUCUUAACGUUAUCAGGUAUCUGUUAUACAUGCUUAGUUCAUGUAGGUAGAAGAUGCAGGUGUUUGUUAGUUGCAGGUGUUUGUUAAACAUUUUAUGUAGACACAAGUCUGUUUUGGAUUGAGGUCCGUAACUGCCAGAAAAGUUUUGAAAUGUUGUAAGAACAAAGGAUUGAUAACAGUACGUAUUAACCUCAUCAUCCAAACUAAGUUGUCAUCUUACCUGUUUUCUUAGACCUGAAUUUGUCUACAAAGUACAUAUGGUAGAAAGAAGUGUUAGUUUAGGUUUUAUUGUUCUUUCACGUUUUAUUAUAGUCAUUUGUUUUGCUCAAUAAAGUUGUUUGCAUGAUGCA